AGCCGGCUCAGCCAGGGCCAUGCCGUUGUUUGCCAUGCCAUGCUCCGUUUCCUCGCCGCCGUGGCAUGCCAUGCCGCGGGCGGCGCGCGCAUCAGCGGCCUCGGGAACGAGGCGAACGAAGGCGGACACAUCCCCAGCUGCGCUGGCGGCUCGCUUCAGCUCCGUGGCACCUACAAGGUGACUUCCGAGAUCCUGAUCGAGGAGAAUUGCGAAGUUCAUGGGGACAAGGCCCUGCUCUUGUUGGAGAAGCCGCUCCACUUCCUGGGCAACGUGACCUUCACCGGCGUCUUCGAGUUCCUCGGGGUGGGGCACGUGGGGCCACAGGCACGCUGUGUAGAUGUGGAGGGCCACGCCAGCUUCAUGCAGGCCAAGGCCAAAUUCGCCGACUGCGGCAGCAUGCAAACCGAAGAUGGAGGCGGGCUCUACGUGCAGCGCAGCUUGCGCGUCCGCUUCAGCCGCCUCAGCUUCCGGAACUGCCAAGCCGAGUACGGCGGCGGGAUCCUGGUGGCUGGGGGCAUGCUGAGCAUGGGCUCGGAGCUCUUCUUCAGCUUUUGCCAGGCGAUCGAGGGUGCAGGAGUCUUUGCGUACGGCCACGUGGUCAUCAACGCCGGACAGGCGACCUUUGAGCAUGGCGUGGCCAAACUGGGCGGAGGAGGAGGCUUAUUCCUCAAAAAUGGCAGCCUUACCACAGGUGGACAUCUGAGCUUCAAGAACUGCACGGCUCAGACGGGAGGAGGCCUCUACAUGCCCACAGAGCCCGGCGUGCUCACCCAGUCUGGUGGCACCAUGACCUUCACCGACUGCACUUCCAGUAUGGGCGAGGGAGGUGGCCUCUUUGCGCGAGAUGUGAACCAAGGCCGUGCUGGGCGCAUGCACUUCCUGCGCUGCAAGGCCCUGAGCUCCGCAGGCGGGGGCAUCAACGCGGUCCACGGGGAUCUGCGCGGGUUGGCCACCUUCAAAAAGGUGGAAGCAAGGUAUGGAGGUGCGAUCAGGGUCGAGGAGACUCUGGUUCUGAAGGGCAACGUCAGCAUCAGGACUUCCCGCGCCCAGAGUGGCGGAGCGCUGCACGCAGGGAGGGUUGCUGUGAAGGGCGGCGUGACCUUCGUGCAAGAUGCCAGCACGUUGAUCGAGGGGGCUGGCAUCUGGGCCAACAGCUUGGAGCUGCACAGCGGCGAGCUGCACUUUAAGGACUGUCACGCAGGAACCGGCGGCGUCAUCAAGAUCCUCGUGAUGUUCAGACAAUUCUCUGGCCGCGUCACCAUUUCCAAUGCGAGCGGAUCUCACCUCGGCGCGAUAGCCACGGAGUGGCUACUGAUGGAGAGUGGGUUCAUCCAGAUCUCAAACGUCCUGAUCCGCGAUAAAGACGCCUUUGGAGGAGCCAUUUCCAGCAACAAGGGUAUUGUCAUCGGAGAGCUGGCCACGCUGCUCAUUGAGAAUGCCAGCUCUGCCGGGCCCGGAGGCGCCAUUUCGGCGACGUUCUUUGUGAGCCUCGGCAAUCUCACCGUCAAGAAUGCAGAGGCAGGCCAAGCGGGAGGAGCGCUUUAUGUCCGAGCAGAGAGGUUCUCUACGCUAUUGACCACCUUCACGGACACUCGCACUCGCUCGUUGGCCGUGAACAUGGCCUCCAGAUACCUGAACGGCACGCGCACACUGGCGAGCAUUGCGCUCAAUCUCGUGUCGCUGCUGGGCCCCACCAGCUUCGAAGCCUGCCGCGCGCAGUGGGGCGGAGCCAUCUACACCCCAGGUGAAGUUCAACUUGCGACAACUGCGCGAUUCGUGGACUGCGCCGCUCGAGAUGUGCGGUCAGGGGCAGCCAUCUCCGCUCACCACGUGAGCAGUGAGACGGACUUGUUUUUGGCCAACUGCUCUUCGCCGGAGGGCGGAGUCAUCGUGGCUUCCGGCAACGUCAACCUGCCGAACGUGGAGUUCAUCAACUCCUCGGUGCCGCAGGUGGUGUGCUACAACUUCACGGCCUCGCGCCUGCGUUUCUCCGGCGGUGCCGGGGCGAUGCUUCUGGGCCAGAUCAGGAGCACCGAAGAGGUGCUGUGCGACAACGGACUGGAAGGGAAUGUGGACGUCUACAAGACGGAGUGUCGCCCCUGCAGGAGCGGGUACUUCCAGUUUCGGGGCCCGGUGAAGAUUGUGAAGACCACGGUCUUUGGGCACGAGUGCAUCAAGGUGCCACGGGCAUCCUUCCCACUCGCAGACGGCCUCGGAAUCAGGCCAGGCUUCAUGGUGGACCGUAGCAAUCUGUCGCUCAGCCUCCACUGCCCCAACCAGAUGGCUUGUCCUGGAGGGAACAUCACGACAAACGGGUGGACACCUAUGUGCGUCGACGGGUACGCAGGCCACGGCUGCGCCAAGUGCAACCAAGAAACCCACGGCCGUGCUGUGAACGACCCCUUCGCCUGCACCAAAUGCUCCCAGUCGCAGUCCAUGAAAGUCCUGCAGUGGGCUCGCUUCGUCUUUCAGCACUCGGUGCUCUUCGCGGUCUCAGCUUCAGGCGUCAUCUUCUCAGGGCAAGAGAGCUACAAAAGCACCAUCCUCACCAACCAGCUGAUGUCCUACGUCGCGGUCUGCAUGCCUGUGCUCAGUACCGUGAGCAACUCCCGGAGCUUCCGACAGCUCACCGAAACCCUGCAGGUGGUGAUCGAGGCUUUGUCCAUUCCCGUGGACAUCGCCAACUCCGGUGGCAGCGACGGGCAGUCCGUCCAGUGCCUUCUAGGCUACGUGGGCAUCCCGAAGACACUGUACAACGCAGACAUGUUGGUCCUUCUGCUGGCGCUGUUCUUUCUGCUUUGCUUGGCACGGCUGGUUGAUAUGUGCUCGGCCAUCGUUGUGACGGGCAACUGCUAUCUGCCUCGCUUAUGCUUUGCUUUCGGAAGACACCUGGUCUGCUACCGCAUGGAGAUGGAGCGGAGCGGGGGGCAGUUGGUCUGCGGCUUCCAGGAGGACCUCUCCGUGCCGCGGCCCCUGGCCGUGGCGCUGGUCGCGUCCGCCUUUCUGCUGGGCUGCGGGUCUUGGAUGUAUUUGAUCCGCUCACAGAUCCACUCCCCAGGCAUCUCCUACCUCACGACCCCCUACACAGAAGAGUGCACCAUGUGGGAGGUCACGGUGCUGGCGCGGAAGAUGUUGAUCUUGCUGGUCUCCGCCGUGUGGCCCUCCACGCUUUACCCCGCCAUGCAGAUGGAAUUCAUCACGUUGAUCCUGAUUGCUGCCUUGGUGGCCACCCUACGCACUGACCCUUACGUGUCCAAGGACUGGAACCUCACAGAGGAGAUCCUGCUGGUGUUGGCCCUCUUGAUGGUGACGGCCACGUCUUGCUUCCACGCCAAUGAAACGGAUUGGGCGAGGUCCGAGGCGAGUCAGAACUUCACCUUGCUGGUGAUCGUGGUGCUGGCGCUAGGCCCCGCUCUGGUGAUGUCGCUGCGGAUCACGCUGGCGCUGAUCAGGGAGGUGCGGGAAAUGUUCGCUGACGAGGUCAAGGAAGUACAGGUGAUCGAGGGCGAAAAGAUGAGCUGAUCGCCGGGCUGGAGCAGACGAUGUGGUAGGUGUCUUGCACCCGGCGCUGAGACCGCGAAAAGAAAGCGAC